AUGGAAGCUUCUUUCGCGGACCAGAAAAUAAAUGUUGUAUACCUGGACGAAAGUCGCAGAACUCCUGUGCAUCGUGCUACUCUGGAUGGUAGGCACGAACAGGUGGAAGAAAAAGUACGAGUCGCCUCUAGACUGGAUGACCAAGAUGAAAGGACCCCACUGCAUGAUGCAACCAAACACGGACACAGGUACCUUUGCCCGGUUUAUCUCAAAGAGAUUUAAGGUUAAGUGUUAUAAUGUGAAACGUAUGAUUCCGAACAAAUGCCACAGUUGGUGGGGCCAAACACAGUUUUCGUCCCCUUUGAUUCUGAUCAGCGAAAAUAAUACUUUCUGUAAAAUCUACAAGUUGCAAUGGAUGCGUAGUUAUUAACAAGAGGGCCUUGAUGGGGUGUAGCUUUUACAGCUAACGCUUAAAAAUAUUAGCCAAUCUAUGGCUAACGGUUAAUACCUUCCAAUGUGGUCACCAUAAAUUUUUUUUACUGCUAACCUUUUCUUAAGACUAACGGUUAAAAUUGUUGGUCUAUACACCUAACUUCAUUUUCCCGAUUGGCGACCAAUGGUUACCGCCAUUGAGACCCUAUUUAUAAUAUCAAACUGUAGAAUUCUUAAAAAGUUUUAAAUUUGAAGAUUUUUAAAGAAUGAAUCAUUGAAAAAAAGGAAAUAUAAGAACUGACACCAACUGAAGUAAAUGAAAGGGCUACACUGGAAAAAAAAUAAAGUAAGUGAAUUGCUUUCUGUUGUAUGAGAAACGGUGGCCAAAGGGUUGACGCGCUGGGUUCUAUCCUUGGCCUGGUUGCUGUGUUGUGUUCCAGUACAAGACAUCUCCCACAGGGCCUAAGGGUGAAGGGGGGGGAUAGCCCAGGAUGGGCCAUCAUACCCUUCUGGGGGUACAACCAAUACUUGUGGUUGCUCUAUGCCACGGAAGCUACGGUACGUUUCGACUCUCUAAGCACCAAACAUAAGAGCAGAUUUUAUCUUAAUAUUCUAAAAGGAUAACUACUGUUACAAGUUCCCUUUUUUCACGAGGAAUUGAAUACAUACAUACAUACAUACAUACAUUCUUUAUUUGAUAAGUAGGUUGUGUGAAAGGCAGCCAAAGGGCUGAUGUGGACCUACUAUACUAAAUAUUAGGAAUUACAUAUAUAUAAAAAUUGCAAUAAUAACUUAGAACUACUAUAUACAAAUAAAAUGGUGUUCACUAAGACUAACAUAUAAAUCUAAAAGUAAAUGAAAUGGUCCUUUCUGUUGGCAACUACUGUUGCCUCUUUCUCAAAUGAAAAAUUGUCAAUAGUCUUAACAUGUUUACGUAAGAUUUGUUUAAAAGAAUAAAAACUUUCAGGUACUUUAACUAAUCUAUUUACAAAAUUCCAAAUAACAGGACCUCUGUAUCGUAGGGAGUUCCUGCCGGUCUCUGAUCUAAAUCUAAUGACAUUAAAUUGGUUAGGAACACGAGAAGAUCUAGAAGAAACUCUUUUAGAAAACAGUUCACAUAUCGACUGGGUCGUUGUUCCAAAAUAUACUUUGUGCAAGAGGAACAGUACAGAUUUUUUAUAGAAGUAAGAGAUGGGCAGCCAGUCGGAUUUCAUGAGACAUGUGUCAUCUGCCAUCGUUGAGUCGAGGUUAUUCACAAUACGAGCUGCUCUUGCAUGAAUAUGGUUUAGAGAGUUCAGUGCGGAAGGAGAACAAUUUCCCCAUACCGAAAUUCCAUACGUUACACUGGGGAUAAUUGUUUUAAAGUAUAUUUCCUCGAGAACCUUCUUCGGAAGGAUUCUCAUUCUCUUCAACGCUCCAACCUUCUGCGUAAAAGAUUUCUUCACUGAGUCAAUGUGCACAGACCAUGUCAGCUUAUUUUAGACCAUUAGUCUUGAAUCCAGCAUUGCAACUGUUCGGUUGCGUUUUCUCCUGGAAAGAUGCUAUACUCUGUUACAACAUGGCGCUAACUCUUCUUUCCAAAACAGAGAACACUGGACACUACUUAUGAGUGCGGCAGACCUGGGCAAGGAACAGUCGUGCCAAGACAUACUCACUGUUAAUCCACAGACUGAUGACGUGAACGUGGAUGGAGAAACAGCAUUGCAUAUUGCGUGUAGGAGAGGACAUGUGAGCGUUGUCAACCUGCUGAUGGAUCACAGGGCAAGUUUGAAUGUUUGUAACAAAGAUGGUGUAACGUGUUUUGAGGCCGCCGCCAAGGCAGGAAAGAGCGAAGUUGUGUUUGCAAUGAUAAAGCAUAAAAGGUAUGAAUGGUUACCCCGGACUGAACUGGUAUCUACCAUUUAAAUUCAAAGUUUUAAUUGCAGGAAGUAGGAGACUCGACUUGCACAUGGCAACCGAAAAGUAAGAGUAGAGAAGAGCAUUACGAAAGUUGGGCAAGCUGGGCGAUGAAAACAUCGGUCUCUUCUUCGUUUUGGCGCUACGAUUAAGACGUUUUCUUUGCUUCUAAGAUAGCUAAAAAUGGUAAAAUAAAUUUUCAAAACCAAGUCUUAGAUGGAACGUAGCUUUAGUGCCAUUCUUUCCUCUGUUUUCUUGUAUCAAUGGAAAUUCUCGACUCUUUCUCAAAAAGCAGUCGUGAUCAUUUUUCUGACACAGAGAGCCAAAGCCUCUCAGAAACACUCUUAUGUUUAACCUUAUGUAAGCCUCACCCAAAACUUAGUUCGGUUCCCCCUUUUUCUAAAUCGAAUUGCCAAGCUUUAAUACAAAUCUCAGAUAAAUACCACCCAGGAUCUCCUGCACUUUGUUAUAGCUGGAGAUUUUUUGAUACGUUUUGUUAGGGAAACACACGAAAAGUGUUUUAGUGUCCAUUCAUUAAUAAUUAGUAUUUUAGGAUAAACCUCUUCAUGAGCCAUCUUGAGCUUCCUUUCUUGGACAACCGAAAGAAAAUCUGUUUAGGUUAAGGCACAAUUUCAAGAUUUGUUAGACUUAGGGGUCACAUGAUUGAUUGAGUUUGGUUGGCCAGACCGGGAAAUAUUUGACUCUGACUCUGUUUUAUUGCUUCUGAACAGAUGGAUGGAAAUAAUGGAACACAAGGAUAAGAAAGGCCUUACCCCCAUGAAGCUUCUCAUAAAACACUUCCCAGAGAGUGCACAGCUGGUCAUGGAUUACUGCAUUGAUCGAUCAGAGACAGAAAGUUCCGAUGAUCCAAAUUUUACAGUUACUUGCAACCUCCGUUUCCUAGACCCCAGUCCUACUCACACCACUUGCCUGAGAGAAAGCCGUUUCUUUGGACCGAGCACCAUGGUGAAACACGAACGUAGAGAAUUACUCGAGCAUCCUUUGACACAGGUCUUGCUGAAUAAGAAGUGGUCUUCUUUCGGGCGCUUAGUGUUCUACUUUAACUUUAUGUUCUAUUUUGUCUUUGUUGUCAUGUUUACAGCUUUCUUAAUCCGAUUCAUGCAGAACGGUGAUAAAGGAUUGGGAGAUUUUUUUAUGUAUCCAAUAGUAUUUUUACUUAUAUUUGUCCAGUUCAUCAAGGAAGUUAUUGCAAUACUUGUCCAGAGGUUUCGUUAUUUCACCACUUUAAGCAAUCUCACUGAAUGGAUACUCUACAGUACGACGCUUUCAUUCAUAACGUUACUUUUCAUUUUCGAUCUGUUUGGCCUUGAGAAGCUUUACCCACAAUUCAUCCGGGUGUUGGGUGCCAUUUCGAUUUUCCUUUGCUAUGCGAACCUAGUCUUGGUUCUUCGUCGGUUGAGUCUGGUUGGAAUCUAUGUCACCAUGUUUAUAGAGGUCACUAAGUCGGUUCUAAAAGUACUUCUAAUCUUCUUUGUCUUGUUCUUUGGGUUCUCCAUGGUGUUCUACGUCCUCUUUAAAUCAGAGGUAAGAUGAAAUAAGAGAUAAAUGUGUAUAUGAGUAAAUUUGCUUCUGUUUGUGAUUUAUGUGAGUUUUUUCCUUUUUUAGUAAGUAAAAAUAAGUAAAAAUAUUCCCCAUCCUGUACCUUUUCGCGCCGUUUAUUGACUCGCUCAAUAGCAACAAGCCUGAAAGAUUUGGUUACAGUAAUUAAUUAUAAUGUCACCGGAUUUUGGGCUCAAUAUGGGUGCAGCAGAUGCCUAAUCGUACCUUUUCAGUGCGCUUUGACGACAUAUAAAGCUCGCUCGGUCUUGUCAAGGGGUAUCUUGGAAUCAUGACUCAACUAAAAUCGCUUCAUCUUCUAACGGAGCGCGCCAAAAAGGUACGAUUAAGAAUGAUAUAACGUUAUAGUAAGCGAAAUAUGCAAUAACGAUAAACAAUAAACAACUCCCAAGAUCUGAUUGUUAAUUCUCCCCUCUAGCUGCUACACAUUUCCUUUUAAAUUAGUUAAGAGAAUAUGGUGUUAGAUUAAGAAAAACAACUUUUGUGUUAUAAGUUUAUUCUCAUUACCUGUUUGCCAGACAGUUAAUGGAUAUUAGACGGUGAAGUUACCUCUCCAUCACCUCUGGGAGUUAAAGGGCUAAAGCGCUGAGAGUCUCUCGUAUUUCCUCCACAGGAGGUGGUAUUUAAACAACCGGGAUUUUCUUUACUGAAGGUGGUAGUGAUGACAAUUGGAGAGGUUGACUUUGAAGACAGAUUCAUGCAUUCCCAGAAUAUCACAAACGAGCCGACAUUUUCUCAGACAGCUUCUUUCGUUUUCCUCGGCUUGUUCUUGAUUUUAAUGACAGUUGUACUGAUGAACCUGCUGGUAUGCUUUAAGAUAACAAACCUAUUUGUAACUUUUAAUAGUACUAGUUGGAUGCACAAGUAUAAAUGAAGCAGCGUUCUAUCACAAACGCAGCAGUCUUAUUGGCUUCGCUACUCUCUAUCUAUUUGACAUAUGGAUCUCAUGUUAACAUGUGUCUAUUCAGUGUGAUAUAUUAACCAUUUAACCCCUAAGAGUGACGAGCAUCUAAUUUCUCCUUACAAUAUCCCCACUCAAUCACACAUUGAUGUCAUGAGAAUGAAGGAAAUAAUCAUCAACUAAAGAAACUCUUGAUUGUUAGACAAAUUCUCCUUGUCAGCACCUUAGUAAAUGUACAGAGAACAGUAUGGAGAAUGAAUACUAAUGUCAGAGUGUAGAGGGCUAAGCUGAAUUAUGCGCGCAUUUUGUCUGCUUCUUACUUACGAUGUAUCGGUAGAUAUACAUCCAUAGAUGACAUCACCAUUGACAAUUUUUUUCUUUAUCGUAUAAAACAAACAGAUUCCAUGUAGGCAUGAAUAUGUUCAGUAACAGAUCACAAAAGACCUCAAAAUAAAGAAACAACGUCAGUGACACGCUCGGCUGCGCCUCAUGAGCCACUUUUUUGUCCUUACCACAUUUUGACCUCAUCUGUGAUCUGUUACUGAGCAGACGCUCGGCAACAUAGAACCUUCCUGUGGAAUACACCACAAAUAACGUCAAUUGUAGUUGAAACAAAAAAUUGGAACACGGGACGGAACCGAGUGUGCCACCGACUCAAAAUUCGUAUCAUCAAGACGCUUCCAUGUAAGAAAUCAAACUUAGUGCUACGAUUUGUAGGACGUUGA